AAUUCUCACUAUCACUGAUUACUGAUUACUGAUUACUGAUUACAAGUUACAACAAUCUUUUUUUUCUUUUUUUUUCUUUUUUUGAAGAGACAAGUUUGCAACAAUUAUUCCCUUAUUUUUUGGGUAAGGAAUAGCAAAUGCAAUUAAAUGCAUUAGGCCUUUUUAGAAAUUACGUUGUUCUUAAUAAACCCUCACAUCACACUCACGGGUCCCGGCACCCUCACAGUCACAGCUCCGCCGCCCGCCAUGGCCACCAUCGCCGCCUCUUCCGCUUCCAUCAACCAGCCAUCCUCCGUCGUUUUAUCACACCAGAACUCCCCGCUUCCAAGAGCCCGGCCAUUCAGAUUCACCACCAUUCAUCACCCCGCACUCUCUUCUUCUACAUCAUCGAAAACGCCCAUGGCAAUUUCCGGUAACACAUCCGUUUCCUCCGUCAAUUCAUCGUAUCCGAAAACGCCAACCAGGCCAAUCAUCGUUAUUGAUAAUUACGACAGCUUCACGUAUAAUCUCUGCCAAUAUAUUGGAGAGCUAGGUUGUGAAUUCGAAGUUUACAGAAAUGAUGAGCUCACUGCUGAUGAGCUUAGAGAGAAAAAUCCAAGAGGUAUAUUAAUAUCGCCUGGACCUGGUACACCGCAAGAUUCAGGAAUAUCAUUACAAACGGUGCUGGAGCUUGGACCUACUGUGCCAUUGUUUGGUGUGUGCAUGGGGUUGCAAUGCAUUGGGGAAGCUUUUGGAGGGAAAAUUGUGAGAUCUCCUUAUGGAGUUGUGCAUGGAAAAAGUUCUCCUGUUUACUACAAUGAAGGACAGGAAGAUGGCUUGUUUGCAGGCUUAUCGAACCCUUUUACUGCUGGUAGGUACCAUAGCCUCGUGAUUGAACGAGAUAGUUUCCCAAGCGAUGCCCUCGAGAUAACUGCAUGGACAGAAGACGGGUUGGUAAUGGCUGCUCGUCACAAAGUACACCGUCAUCUACAGGGCGUUCAGUUCCAUCCAGAAAGCAUCAUAUCUACUGAAGGCAAAACUAUCGUGCAUAAUUUUAUCAAGCUGAUAAAGAGAAAGGAAGCUGAAUCGCAGAAGUGGGAUUAAUCUUCAGUGUAGGAUAAAUUCUAGUUCUUGGUUAUAAUUGUCAGUUGUAAAAUUUUAUACUACAUCAAUUCAAUAAAAUUAUCGAUGGAUUUUUCUGA